GGCCCCCGUGGAGGGCGAAGCUGCGUAUCGACCCAAGUCUAGAGCCGCCACAUUAUAGGGCAAGCCGCUCUCGGCUCUCGCUCUAUCGCUCUUCCGCCCGCUUGCUUGCGCCGCCGGCCUCGUCGACAAUGGGUGGGCGCACGGUGGAAUCUGACGAGGAAGAUUGCUCUGUGGAGGCCUACGAGGAGGAUCAGCGCCCGCGUAGGAGAGACGGGGACGAGGAUAUGGAAGACCGGGACAACAGCGACGAUGAGGAAGAGGAGGGCCAGGAUGAGUACGAGAGGGAUGACUUCAUUGUGGAUGAUACUGACGAGGAGGAAGAGGAAGAGAGGGUCAGUGAUGAUGAGAGACGGAAGAAGAAAAGGAAAAAGAAGAGCGAACCAGCCAAGCUUGAGGAGGAUGAGAUCAGGAUGCUCGAGGAGAAUAAUGGCUGCAUCAAGCAUCGAAACAAACUUAAGCGCUUGAGGAAGGCAGGGAGCGAAUCUGAAAUGGAUGGCCCUUCAGGCUUCUCAGGUGUUGACAGGGCAGGAAAAAAGGCAACUGCCGAGGAGAAACUUGAAUAUUCCUUGUUUGGUGAUCAAGGUACAUAUCAGCCCCUUGAGGAUGUUCUGGAGGAGGAUCAGCAAUCAGAGGACGAUGAGGUUGGUGAAGAUUACAUCGACGAUGAAAUGGCAGGUUUCAUUGUAGACGAUGAUGAAGAAAUUGGUGGGAACGGCCAAGUUGUAAGAAGCAAGAAGCUCAAAAGAAAGCCACUACGACAAGCUGUAGGAAUAUCAUCAUCUGCAUUGCAAGAUGCGCAUGAUAUAUUUGGUGAUGUUGAUGAGCUUUUAGCACAAAGAAAGCAAGAUCUUCAGAGUGAUCCUGCUAAUUCUGGCAAGUUGAGCGGCAACAUGCUCGAAGAUGAGUUCGAGCCAGCUAUUCUUGCAGAUAAAUACAUGACACCAAAAGAUGAUCAGAUUAGAGCAACUGAUGUACCUGAGAGGAUUCAGCUGUCUGAAGAAUUAACUGACGAUCCUCGAAGGGACAACACAAGGAUAGAGGAAGAAAGUGUAUGGAUACACAGCCAACUCAUUGGUGAUGGAUGUCUGUCCUUUUUUGGCAACGAGCGAGUGAACAGAGAGAUUAACCAAGAGGACAUUGCGAAUGUCUUGACCAUGUUACAUGUGAACAAAUUCGAAAUUCCGUUCAUUGCUACAUAUAGGAAGGAGAGUUGCCCGAGUCUGCUAAAGGACCAUGAUGCCAAUGAACAUGAGAAUGAAGACGGGACAAAGAUAAUAAGGUGGCAUAAGCUGCUUUGGGCUGUUCAGACCUUAGACAGAAACUGGCUUCUCCUUCAGAAGCGAAAGAAUGCUUUGAAGGCGUACUAUGAAAAAAGAUUCGAUGAUGAGAAACAAAGAAUAGAUGAUGGAUUAUCAAAUCGGCAACUUUGCUACUCUAUCAUCGAAUUAUUAAAGGAUGCAAAAUCUGAGAAAGAGGUGGAGGAUGUUGAUGCGAAAUUCAAUUUACAUUUCCCUCCUGGUGAAGUUAGAGACUUUAAGCGACCAAAAAGGAAAACCUUGUACAGUAUUUGCCGCAAGGCAGGGUUAUGGGAGGUUGCUAACCAAUUUGGCCGGAGUGCUGAGCAAUUAGGCCAUCAUCUAACGUUAACGAGGAUACCAGAAGCUGGCGAGCUUGACGGCAUGAAAGGUUCACCUGAAGAGGUUGCUGCAAAUUUCACAAGUGCUAUUUUUGAAACCCCGCAAGAUGUUCUCCGGGGCGCCAGACACAUGGCAGCAGUUGAGAUCAGUUGUGAGCCUGUUGUAAGAAAGCAUAUCAGGAGCAUCUUCAUGAAUAAAGCUGUUGUCUCAACAAGCCCCACACCUGAGGGAAAUUUGAUCAAAGAUUCAUUUCACCAACUAUCAAGCGUUAAGUGGCUGCGAAAUAAACCACUAAACAAGUUUGUAGAUGCACAGUGGCUUCUUAUUCAGAAAGCAGAGGAAGAAAAGCUCCUCAAGGUUACUGUUAGAUUACCAGAGGAUGUGGAGGAAGAGCUUAUGUCUGAGGCACGUGAGAACUAUCUAAGUGACUGUGUCAGCAAGUCUGCACAAAUGUGGGAUGAACAACGGAAGAUGAUACUGGAUAACGCCUUCUUCAGUUUACUUCUUCCAUCAAUGGAAAAAGAAGCUCGAUUUAUGUUGACGGCAAAUGCGAAAAAUUGGCUCCGUAUGGAAUAUGGUAAACAGUUCUGGAACAAGAUUUCUGUUGCUCCUUGGAAGAAGAAGGAUGCUGAUACUCAUCUGGAUCAGGAAUCAGAGUUGAGAGUUAUGGCUUGCUGCUGGGGUCCUGGGAAGCCAGCAACCACAUUUGUAAUGUUAGACUCAUCAGGAGAAUUGGUUGAUGUUUUAUAUGCUGGUUAUGUCAGUUCUAGAUCUCAAGGUGCUGCUGAGCAGCAGCGAAAGAAGGAUGACCAGCAGCGAGUUUUGAAGUUUAUGACUGACCAUCAACCACAUCUUGUAUGUCUAGGAGCAUCAAACUUGAAUUGCAAACAACUCAAGGAUGAUAUUUAUGAGGUUAUUUUUAGAAUUAUAGAAGACCAUCCAAGAGAUGUGAACCAACAGAUGGACAAUUUCAGCAUUUUCUACUGUGAUGAAUUUGUUCCUCGCUUGUACGAGAACUCUUGGGUAUCUUCAGAUCAGCUGCCUGGCCAAUCAGGUAUUGUGAAGCGGGCUGUAGCGCUUGGUCGGUACUUGCAGAACCCAUUAGCGAUGGUUGCAACACUCUGUGGACCUGGAAAAGAGAUACUGUCAUGGAAACUACACCCGCUGGAACGAUUCCUUACUCCUGAUGAUAAGUAUGAAAUUAUCGAGCAAGCAAUGAUGGAUGCGACAAGUCAGAUAGGUUUCGAUGUUAAUCUUGCUGCUAGCCAUGAGUGGCAUUUCUCAACUUUGCAAUUCGUACCUGGUCUGGGGCCACGUAAAGCUUCGGCUUUGCAGAGAGAGUUGGUUAGACAAGGGUCCAUUCUUAGCCGCAAGGAGCUUGUAAAUCCUCUAGGCAGGAAAGUUUUCAUGAAUGCUUCUGGGUUUUUACGUGUCCGGCGAAGCGGUGCAAUUGCAGCUACUACUGAUGUCAUUGAUCUGCUUGAGGACACAAGAAUCCAUCCUGAAUCAUAUGCAUUGGCAAAGAAUUUGGCGAAGGAUGUCUAUGCCGAGGAUGCACCAUCGCGUGAAGCGAAUGAUGGGAUGGACAUGGACAACGAUGAUCAGCAAGAGAUGGCAAUUGAGCACGUAAGGGAAAGGCCACAGAUGCUAAAAGCUCUUGACAUUGACGAAUGGAUGAGAAGUAUUCCAGAAGAGUUCAACAAAAGGGAAACGUUGCUCGACAUAAAGAGGGAACUCCUGUGUGGUUUUUCUGAUUGGAGGACCCCCUAUGCUGAGCCAAUUCCAGACGAGGAAUUCUGGAUGCUCUGUGGUGAAACCGAGGACAGCAUAUCAGAUCAAAGGAUUGUUCAAGUGACCGUCCGUAAUAUACAAGAGAACAGAAUUAUUUGCACCUUUGAUUCUGGCUUAAAAGCCAUAGUUACGGAGGACAAUUAUCCUGAUGGUGCAGAAUCACUGCAGUUAAAGGAAGGUGAUGUAUUAACUGGCAAAAUUAAGAAUGUGAAUAAAAACAGGUUCCUGGUUUACUUAACAUGCAAGGCCAGUGACAUGAGGACAAAACCAUUCUCCCCAAGUAACCAAGAUCCGUACUAUCAUGAACAACCAGACAUGAUGACUUCGAAGAACGAGAAAGAUAAGGCUGACAAACAAAAACAAAUUGUGAAGAAAUAUUUCAAGCCCCGGAUGAUUGUUCAUCCCAACUUUCAGAACCUGACAGCUGAGGAAGCGAUGCAGUUGUUAUCAGAGAAAGAGCCUGGCGACAAGGUCAUUCGGCCCAGUUCCAGGGGGCCAUCGUUUCUAACACUCACCCUGAAAUUUUCUGAUGGCGUGUAUGCACACAAGGAGAUAAUUGAAAGUGGAAAGGAUCAGAAAGAUAUGACGAGUUUGCUUCGCCUUGGAAAGACACUAACCAUUGAUGGUGAAACUUUUGAAGAUCUUGAUGAGGUAAUAGACAGAUACGUGGAUCCUUUGGUAUACUACCUGAAAAGCAUGCUGUCUCACCGCAAAUUCAGGAAGGGGCUGAAAAGCGAGGUUGAUGAUAUGGCAAGAGCAGAGAAGGCAGAAAAUCCUAGGAGAAUAGUUUAUUGUUUUGGCAUGUCUCAUGAACAUCCAGGCACCUUUAUAUUAUCCUACAUUAGGAGUACAAAUCCACAUCACGAGUACCUUAGGUUAAACCCAAGGGGCUUCAGGUUUCGGAAGAGGGACUUCGACAGUAUUGAUCGCCUCGUGUCAUAUUUCCAGAAGCAUAUUGACAGGCCGCCGCCGGACGCUGGUCCAUCAGGGCGGAAUGUUGCUGCAAUGGUGCCUAUGAAGAAUUCAGCUUAGUUGGCUUAGAUAUUUGGACGCAACUAUAUAUUGGUACCUGUGUAUAAGGGGCUCGGUGCAAAGCAAACCACGGCUGUUUUUAACGGUAGAUAUAUGCAUUCGUAUAUAGUGUAUUGUUUCUUGAUGUCUCUUGCUUCCGUCAUCUCAAUGUUACUUUUGGCCGUCAA